AUAGACGGUUGUUGACAUGAAUGGACAAGGUUGAGUUUGGACAACCAAUAAAGAGAUAUUUGAUUUUAAUCAUCCAACCAUGCAACCAAACAACUCUAAGAAAAUGGCGGGAGGCCUUAGAUCCAAACAAAUAACUAUCUUUCAAACUAAAAAAAAAAAAAAAAAAAAAUCCUAAUUACUCUUCUCUCUUUGCCUCUCCCCUUACAAUGCUCUUUUGUUUAAUUCUCUAGAACUAGAACAACUAACGUUAAUUAUUUCACCAAUGGGAUCUUCAUCAUAACCUUAAUUGUCAUUUUUCUUCCCCAUGGGAGGUUGCGUGUCCGUGUCCGCAAGAACAGGUCUCUACAAGAGGCGGAGGGACAUCAAGACAGUGACGACGACGACAGAGAUCAACCCCGGCACACCCCACAAGCUAACCCUCCGCCUCUCAGCCACUCUCAGGCCGACUGCGGUCCUUGAUGACCCCGUCGGCCAUGACAUCUUCUCAAACUACAGGUUUGGCAAGGAAUUAGGGAGGGGAGAGUUCGGAGUCACCUACCAAUGCUUCAAGCUCGACACAGGUGACACCUUCGCUUGUAAGAUGAUAUCGAAAAGCAAGCUCAAGACAGAAAUUGACAUUGAGGAUGUGCGAAGGGAAGUCCGGAUCAUGCGACAUUUGCCGGAUCAUCCCAACAUUGUCACGUUCAAGGAGGCUUUUGAAGACAAAGAGGCUGUUUAUCUUGUCAUGGAGCUCUGCCAAGGUGGUGAGCUUUUUGAUCAAAUUGUUAGUAAAGGCCAUUACACGGAGCGUGCUGCUGCUAACAUUACUAAGACAAUGCUCGAAGUUUGCAAGAUUUGCCAUCAACAUGGAGUGAUACAUAGGGACUUGAAACCAGAGAAUUUCUUGUUUAAAGAUAGCAGUGAAACUUCUCAACUUAAGGCAAUUGAUUUUGGACUCUCUGUAUUCUUUGAUUCCGGUCAGAGAUUCAAUGAAAUUGUUGGAAGUCCAUAUUACAUGGCUCCUGAAGUAUUGAGACGAAACUAUGGACCAGAAGUGGAUGUUUGGAGUACUGGGGUUAUCCUCUAUAUCCUGCUUUGCGGAGUUCCUCCUUUCUGGGCAGAAACUGAGGAAGGAAUUGCACAGGCAAUUAUUCGAGGUAGCAUCGAUUUCGAAAGGGACCCUUGGCCAAAGGUCUCUGCAAACGCAAAAGAUCUCUUGAAGUGCAUGCUUGAUCCCAAUCCUUACAGCAGGCUCACUGUUGAAGAAGUUCUCGAACACCCUUGGAUACAAAAUAUGGAUCGAGUUCCUAAUGUUAGCCUUGGAGAACAUGUCAGAAUAAGGAUCAAGCAGUUUUCAUUAAUGAAUAAAUUUAAGAAGAGAGUUCUUAGAGUGGUAGCUGACUACUUGUCAGAAGAAGAAAUAGAUGGGAUUAAACAAAUAUUCGAAUUGAUGGAUACUGAUAAAAAUGGAGAUUUAACAUUUGAAGAACUCAAAGAGGGAUUUUGUUCCAUUGGUCAUCCUAUUACUGAUUCUGAGGUGCAGAUGUUAAUAGAUGCUGCGGAUGCAGAUGGAACUGGUACACUAAACUGUGAAGAGUUUGUUACAGUAUCAGUGCACCUGAAGAAGAUAAGUAAUGAGGAAAAUCUAUCUCAGGCUUUCAGUUAUUUUGAUAAGAAUGAAAGUGGAUUUAUCGAGUUUGAUGAGUUGAAAGAAGCCUUGCUUGAUCACAAACUUGAUUUUGCCAAUGAUCAGGUUAUCCAUGACAUCUUAUUUGAUGUCGACUUGGAUAAGGAUGGUAGAAUCAGUUAUGAUGAAUUUAAAGCAAUGAUGGGAACAGGAAUGAAUUGGAAAAUGAGUUCUCGAAGAUACUCUAGGGCCUUGCUAACUGCCCUUAGCACAAAAUUAUUCAAAGACAAACCAUUACUGCCAAAAAAAUGUUUAAAAUCUGGUCCAUUGUGAACUCCACUUCCUUGUCAUCAACUCACAUCAAUUUUACUCCAUCUUACUUCCACUCCAGGCAAUAUUAAAUAUUUUUUUAAUAGAUUAAUAUGUAUUGAUGAUAAAUUAUAAAGAAGUUACAUAGUAGAGUAAGCCCCUCUUUUUUUUUUUUUUUUUUUUUCAUUUUUAAAUUUUGCAUUUAGUCAGACAUCUCAAUUUACUUUAUAAGUCAUUAAUAAAAGAGCAAUAUUAUAGGUACUAA